AUGAAUACGAAAAAUACACGUACAAGAUAAUAGGUACAUGUCUCCGACAAAUCUGAUAAACAUGUAAAACUUUAUUGGCAGAGAGGGGGCUUAAUUAGUAAUAUACUAUAUUUGAAAAAGAACAUGUACAUCAAUGGGGUUGGGAUUCAUGGAAAGAGGACGUUGUUUCCAAGAGUGCGCAGAAAAGUUGAAAAAGCUGUAAAUCAAUAUCAUUCCGAACAUGUUCAAGGAGAGUUGACCAAAAUCGAGGGAAAGCAUGGAGACAAGAGAAAUGCAGGGAUUAGGUCCUAGUUUACCGGUGGUGAAACAAAACAUCAUGAACAUGGCGGGAAUUAAGAAAACAUCGUCGACACAUUCGUUAUAUUCAACGAUAUUGAAUAGACACUUUGAGACAAACGAGAGAACAGCAUAAUUACAAUGACAAGAUGAGUCAUACCAACCCAGAGUUACUAACCUAUCAGGGUCACUCAUCACACCUAGCUUCUGGCCAAGAAUAAAACGAGUCGCACGUUUUUCAACUUUCUCCAAAGUGUCAACCUGCUUUCUUGUCUGAGGGAGCCAGGCAGGUACACGAUACUUUAAUAUGGGAAGGACGAGAGGUUUAUACAGUGAAAGGUUGGAUUGGGGGCACAGGCUUAUAUACCAUAAGUUCAAUAAUGUGAGCAAAUCUGAAUAUGAAUUUGAUAUUUGUGAUUUUCGACAGAAAUCCAUGAGUGAUGAAGUAACUGUGGGUUAGCUAUACGAGAAAUCCAAAAUGCCUGUAUUGAGAUUCUAUCUGAAGACAACACACAAGACAAAAACCCUUGAAAAUCAGACUGAAAAGCCAAAGAACGAAAGGGAAGCGAUUUUCAUCGAGUCUUCUGACUCAGGUGAAUAGCCCUUGCCUUUUUUAAACGUAGGGAAUGAAAUUGGAAUUGGCACAACACAGAAUGAAAAUGAGCCACCUCGCUCACCGAGUCCACCUCCAAGCCCCACAAUCACAUUUGGACCCACAAAUGCACCCACAAUUCAUGACCAGCUAGGUGAUACUCUCCCCUAGACGCAACCAGAAGUUAUUCUCAUCAGAAAGGGGGUGGUUGUUCAUUUUCAAACCCAUGAGUUCCAGUAUUUUUGACUUGUAGACGAUGUGCAUGUUCCUUACACCCCCAAGAGCAUGGUGCCCAAUCGCUACUGUUUCAUUCAGUGAUCUCCACCUCAACAUGAUUUGGGCAACUCUGGACACUAGACCAGCCUCCGAUUGAGCUUGGAGGUCGUGCCAUGCUGUCAUUUUCUCUUCCGCAUUUUCACUGAUGAUAAUCAUGCAAGCGUGACGCGGUGUACGAAGUAGACUAACUGGUCCCACGAUUAUGUUAUUGAUUUAUCCGUGACGAGCGAAAGCCAAGACUGCACAGUUAGCACAAAGCGACCCCCUGAAAGCGGCCAUGGAACUGCCGGAAUUUGUGCUCCUGACGAUGGCAUCAUUCAUCGGGUGGAGCGCCCUCUAUCGAGCCCUGUGCUUCCUCCAGCCACACAAGUCUUACGAGUGGAAUUCUCGGAUAGUCGUCGUCAUCCACGCGGGGACCAUCCUCGUUAUGUCUUCCGUAUUUGGAUUCUUCUUCAGCCCUUGGCCCUUUACUCACCCAGGAGGGAAAUCCAACCCAUACGAGAAUAGUACCAUGGUGGUGUGCAACGGCUAUUUCCUGUACGAUUUCAUCCGGAGCAUGCUGUACGACACGAGGCAUAACAGAGCCAUGGUCUUGCACCAUCUGGUUUGCAUUCUGUUCACCAGCGCGUCGCUGGUGUCCGGCUUGUCUGGCACGGAGAUUAACUUUAGCCUGUUCUUGGCCGAACUGACCAACCCCAUGUUGCAGAUACGCUGGCUCAUGCGCAACGCGGGCAUCACAGAGGGGAUCCUUUACGAGCUGAACCAAGUCGUGUUCCUCGUGGCCUUCUUUAUCAUCCGUGUAGGCAUUGGUACCUAUUGGAUCUACCACUACCUCCUGCAUCCUGUGCCUCAUCUGUUUUUUAAACUGGGAGGAAUAUUGCUCUAUGCUGUCAGCAUAAUAUUUAUGGGACAAAUAAUGAUAGUGGCUUACAAUAAACUUUCCCCAUCCGGUCGCAAAGAAAGCUCUGAAAAUCUACCAGCCCUCGAUAAAACCAAGAUAUAAAAAAGAGCUCCAAACUAUCAUUGAAAAUGCCGUUAAAGAGAUUGACCGCCAUUUUUUUAACCAGCAAGCAAAAAUUGAUUGCAUUUUGGUAUAGGCACUGAUCAGAACAAAUGUGGGUAAAUUAUUCUCAAGACAAUGGUUCUCGGAAUUAAAAAUGAUGGGAACGAUUAUUUUCUCAAGGAUCAAAACAACACCAAAGUUUGCGAAUCAGUAAAUGACUAGUGUAUAUCAAAGCAAUGGCCCUACGUAAUAGUAUAUGGUCCCAAGUCCUAAGCAUCGAUUCUUUAUCGGAAGGAGAUAUCGUGUUAUGUUUUCCAUCCCCGAAGUCCAGUAUCCAUUCUUCAUUGCCAUGGGAAAGCAGGUAGAGUUUCCUAUCCCUCAGGGAUUAAUUUUUGCGGUAGGGUGACUUCCAGUAUACCGACGGAUAGUAUAGGAUUUUUGACAGUCAAAUUCUUGAUUUUAAAUUUAAGUCCUAGUCGUUCAGGCCGGCUUUGCUAAUUUCUACACUUUGUUCGAACACUUUGUUGAAAUAAUUACAACCAAAGAUCCAGCGCCUUGUUAGCUUUAAUAUGCCCUCGACAGUCUAAGUACCUAAUUGUCAUCUCGAUUAACCUCAUGCUCGAUGUUUUGUGGAAUUUUUUUUCCUCCAAUUGCGAAUUCCUGCUGAUCGUACACAAAAGGUGUAACUUUGGCAAAAUAUUAGUGCAGAAAUAGAGGGGACGCUGAGGUAUAUGCCUUAGAUGGCGUCCCACUUUUGCUCACAAAUACGCAAAUUUGUAUCAGCAUAAAAACUUUUAAAAAGCAGCAAAAUGCUCUUCGACAGCAUGACAAAAAUUGAAAGUGAGCUUCAAUGGCAUACAAAAGAGCACUAUCGACAACUGCAUUAAAUUUGCAUUACAAUCAUCUCUAAAGUGUUGUUUAAAAAGCCGAUUUUCGGUAAAGCACUCAGCACAUCAGUCGUCCGAGCACUCUAGGCUACGUCAGCUAUAUGUUUCGGUAAUGACACCUAUGACACACUUUGCUAUAGGGCAGAUCCAUGUUUGUUGAUGUACCCACUAUAGGUCAUGUGACUUAUUGGGCGCAGUCGGUCUACUAGCGCAAAACAGCUGCGUGGUGUACUGCAAACAUAAUGAACAGCCAUGUUGGUUCCAUAGUCUAAAGUUACCGGUACCCCAUACAGCUCUGGUGACAUCAGAGUAACAGCGACCCCAUUAGUCAGGAAAUGCAUCGAAAAUGUUUCAUAUUUACCAAGUGCAAUUUCAAGAAUUACUAUAGAUUUCUUAAGUAGAUAAAAGCCGAAAAAUGCAAGAGAGUAAGUUCUCAGGUAAAAUUCAUGUCAUGGACACUUAACUUUCGGAAAUUAUUUGGGUGCAGGUUUGAACUAAUCACCUUUCUCUUCAUCUUAAAUUUAAAAUUUCAAAGUGGGUCGUUAAUGCUGGCAUAUUAACUUUCAAUUUAGAUACAAAAAGGCUGAAUGAAUUUUAUGAGAAGUGUAUUGUGUCAUCCAUGUUCCAUGUGUUUGCUUAGCAGAAUUAGUACAGUAUACAUGCAAUUAGAACAUCGCACGAUGCGUGUCACUGCUCAAGAAAGCUCUACCGUACUCUUGGCUUGUCCAUCCCGAUUAUAUUGCAUUAUUGACACCAGUCUGGCCGCUUCCUUGCCUCAAUAAAUCUCUGCGUCAUUUUAAGAGUUCACAGACUUCUCGUGACCGUUGAUAGAAUGUUGACCGAUCCAUUUACCGGCGAAAUGGAACGCCAUUUUAAUAUCAAAGACGAAUUCAUCAGAACGAAUUCAUGACACUUGAUCCGCAGUCCACAGAUUACAUGGCGGGACUCACAAGGUUGUAUAAACAAUACUUAAUUAUUAUACAACUAACUAUGCAAUUGGACAGCCAAAUUCAUAUUUUAGUGGCGGUCAGUAUUGGCAUAUUGGUGUUCCAAUCCCAGUGUAUUGUUCCCAUUCGUAAAAAGUUUGUAAUGAAAAUACUACCAUGUCUGGGUGUCGCAUUUCUCGUGAGUGUAUUUGUUUUAGACUGUUCAGCUUUAGUUUUAAGUGCAUUUAUACUUAAAUUGUUUUAGGGUCAUUAUAGAGUUACAUGUAUUAUGACAUUUCUGCUAGAAAUGAACAGUCCCCCCGUUUGUACGACCAGAAAUUGCUUACCAAAAUGUCAGUCAAAUAUGACCCAUUCAGAUGACAGCAGUUUUACCAUUAGCAGCUAAGGGGAGAGGGCAAUGAAAUGUUUCCUAUAUUUUAUCUUGUUUUAAGAGCAACAUUGCUCUUGACCGAUGUUCCCACAAAUGCAUGUAUCUCCAUGGUAUUCGUUCUUUCAUUUUUAUGUUGAAGAUUAGUUAUUAAUAUUUGCUUUUUAUAAGACUCCCAUUGUCACGUUAAAAUAUUUUUUUUCCAUGUGCAGUUUUUUUUUAUCAUGAAGCUAUUGAUUUGCAUGGAGGCAGUA